CAACAGCUCGUCGGUGGACGUAUGACGUUUAUUUGAAUUUCAGGGGUGCGGAUACUCGAAGGGGUUUUACAUCUUAUUUAUAUGAUCGGCUGCAAGCAAAGGGAAUCAAAACAUACAUGGAUAGCACAGGAGUUUCACGAGGGGAAUCAAUUUCGUCUACUCUCCUAACGGCAAUUGAUGAACCAAGGUUUGCAAUCGUUGUUCUAUCCCCAAAUUAUGCUGCUUCUACUUGGUGCUUGGAAGAACUCGCCAAGAUUUGUGAUCGGGAUCACUUCGGUAUCCUUCCAGUUUUCUAUGACAUCUAUCCUGCUGACGCGAGACAUCAGAGGAGAAGUUUCAGCGAAGCUUUUAAUAACUAUGAAAGGUCUGGGCGAUUCGAAUCGGACAAGAUACAGCAGUGGAGAGAUGCCUUAAGAAAAGUGGCGAGUUUGUCCGGGUGGAUGUCAGAGAAUUACGGGAGUGAGUUAGAACUUGUGAAAAACAUUGUGGAAUCGGUGUACAGUAAAUUACAACCUAUUGAAAUCAAUAAGGGAGAUGUUGAUGCAAUUGAAGCAACAAAGCUAGCCGCUGUUGAAGAUGAGCCUAAAAUAUCGGAGUCAAAUGAAAACGAUGAAGUAAGAAGACCAGAUACUAUGGAACUCAAGCCUACAAUGCCAGAUUCUUUCGCUGAAAAUUUUGAGGCAACAACACAAGCUACCAAUGGGAACUCUGAACGAGAAUCAGCUGGUCAGUGGAAGCAUGAUGUGUUUUUAAGUUUUAGGGGUGAGGAUACUCGCCAGGGUUUCCUGUCCCAUUUAUACCGUGAACUGCAAAACACGAAAAUAAUUAGAACGUUUAAGGAUGAUGAACAACUUAAGAAGGGGAAGGAUAUUUCUCAAAGUUUGCUGACGGCAAUUGAAGAAUCAAGGUUUGCAAUCAUUGUUCUGUCGCAUAACUAUGCUUUUUCUGCGUGGUGCUUAGAUGAACUUACAAAGAUUUUCCAAUGCAUGGAAGGCAAGGAUACUAUUCUGCCAAUUUUUUAUCACGUCGAUCCCUCUGAUGUACGAUAUCAAAGGAAGGUACCAAAUGGGCCUUACAAAUCAUUCCAGCAAUGCAAGACGCCAUAGAGAAGGUGAAGCAGUGGAGAGCUGAUUUAAUGAAAGUGAGCAGUCUCUCUGGGUGGCAUUCAAAGAACUACAAAUCUGAAAGCGAUCUCAUUGUAGACAUUGUGAAGUUUUUGCUUGCAGAAAUACUUCAAGUACCAAGGGGAGAUUUUGAAGAAUUUGAGGCAACAAGAGAAGCCGUGGAUUAGGCUGGUUAACAAGAACUUGA